CGGACGUCGACGAACCGUAGUUGGAGGACUCCUCAAUCGCUAUUACCAAUGGGACUGAACGACGACGAACCAUGCCAUGCUCACGCCUGCGCAAUCCAAAACUGCAUCCAAAAGAACGGCUUUAACCAAAACAAAUGUGAAGGCCUGAUAGACAAGCUCUACGAAUGCUGCGCACGGUUCUACAAGGAGAAUCCAGAUGGGACGACACUGACAUGUCCGAAACCGCGAUUAUUGGGGUUGAAGCUGAAGCAACGGGCGGAUGAGAAGAAAGCGGGAACGCAUGGUGCGAUCGAGUUGGAGCAUAGAUGGCGUUAAGAUCAGGACAGUGAUACCCAGGAGAAUCAGAGAUCACAAUUUGUAC